UGCGACAACAGUUGCAACACGACCGGCAGCCCCGCCGUCUGCACCGGUGGCUGCGACAUGAGGGGUGCUAGACAGUCAGAUGCCACACGGGGUGGUACUGCGGUGGCGCUUGGCGCAUCGCCCCACGGUUCAUCGAAGCACCCCUGGCUGCCACCGCCCCUGUCGCGAGCGGCGCAGCAUCUACUGGUCCACCACGGUCAUGCAACAGUAACGAGACCGGAUCCGUCACACGCACCUGCAGAUGCUCGACAAUCUGCCCCCGUGCCUCGUUUCGGUGAACAGGCGGUUCAUGGGGUGCCUGCGGAGGAGGUCCCCGCUCCGGUGUCCGAUUCAUCGCCGACCCCGAUUCGGACGACGACGGGUGGUGGUCGGUCUGCCCCACAGCCUCCACCCGUGUUGAUCGGAUCGUUAGACCCUUUGCAGCGCAUUCGCGACCUUGGAGUCACCCAGAGCGCGACACCUGUGAGUCCUGGCGGGAUGUUGGAUGCCGGGGUCCUCGGCGGGAGAGCCACGACGGCACGAUGUCGGGGUACUUACAGGCAGCAGGCCGUCACGUCAUAUUAUUCAGACCCUUUGGAGCGCGCGUGGCAUCCGCAAAUCAUGCGGUUCAUCGUCGAGAGUGGGACGCCGUUCAACUGCUCGAAGCUUGAAAGCUUCAAACGCAUGUUCACGAUGAUGAUCCCGCCGGGGGUUCCGGGGGCGGCCGCGCCUAGACUUCCCUCCUACCACAUGCUGCGCAUGACCCUUUUGGACGAGCUGGAUGGUGAGGUCCAGAAGUGUGUUCGGCCGGUGCUUGACACGUCGAGAGAGACCGGUUGCACAAUCAUGACGGAUGGUUGGACCAACAUCCGUGGCCAGACGUUGUGCAACUACCUUGUUGGGACAAAGAUCGGGGUAGUGUAUGUGGCCACCGACGUCAUGCGUGGCAAAAAGGACGUCAGUGCCCUCGCGAACGCAUGGUUGAAAAGAGUGAAGUCCAUGGACAUUCAAUUAAGCGACAUCACAGCGUUCGUGACGGACUCCGCCGGGGUGAACGUCGCGGCGAUGGAGGUAUUCCAAAAAGAUGAGAGCGUGAAACACAUCUUCUGGAUUCCUUGCGUCGCCCACGUCAUGGACCUCAUUAUCGAGGACAUCGGCGGGAUUGAUUGGGUGGCUUCCCGCAUUGCGCAAGCGAGGCUGGUUACACGGUUCUUCAAGCGCCAUGGACAUGCGAGAGAGGUUCUUGAGGCGCACUCGACGAAGACUCUUCUGCUACCGGCGGAGACGCGUUUCGACACGAACGUCAUCAUGAUGGAGAGGUUGGUGGAACUGCGGGCAGCGUUGACAGGUGCUGUGGGCGACGAUCGUUGGCGUGAGACUGUUUGGUCGACCAGCAAGAUCCGCAAGGACGCCGCGGAGGUCACUGCGUGUAUCGGCUCCCCUCCAUGGCGGGAGGAUUUGAGAGCUCUAUGCAAGGUGCUCGAGCCCAUCAUGGGCAUGCUGAAGUUGGUGGACAGCGACACACGCCAAAUCAGCAAGAUUCAACGACGGUACGAGGAGAUGAUUGCGUCUUGUUUGUCUUUAUGUCGUGACAUUAAUCGGGACCAGCAAGACGUUAUUGUCGAGGUUUUCAUUAGGCGGCGCACCAUGUUCAAGACCCUCGCCCACACAGCAGCCAUGCUGCUAGAUCCAGAGUUCCGGGACGCGACGCUGUGUGACGAUGCGGAGGUGCAGCAGGCCUUGGUCGAGGCCCUGGUACAGUUCGGCUACUCGGAGGGAUCGCCUCAGCACCGGGAGGUCCAAAGAGCGGUCGCCAAGCUCCACAUGAGGGAGCCCCCUUUCGAUGAUCUCACCAUGCGGCGAGCUGCGGAUAUCUUUGAUCACCCUGCCAGUUUUUGGUCCUCUAAGAAGGGGAAGUUCCCUCACACGGCCGUGUUUGCAGGCAGGAUCCUUCGAGCGGGUUUGGAGGACGGCGAGGCACGACGUGAGCCGCCUCCUCACACGAGUGACGGCGUUCUAGAAGAUGGAGAGGUUGCACCUACUCCCACUUGUGGACAGGACGGGGAGGACGAACGUCCUCCGACGGGCCACCACGUCGGCCUCGGCUGCCCGCCCGACAGUCUUCCGCGCACCGAUGAGUUAUUGAACAUGGAUUCCGCCUUGGCAUCACUGCCCGAUGUGUCGCUAUUGAUAUCUCCCACUUUGGCGGUUGUGCCGCUACCGGAGCCUGCUAGACGAGAUGACGAGCGUCGCAACAGAGGGUUCAAUGAGUUCGGUGGCGAUACGAUACUGCAUCCUUUAGAGUCCGACACUCUAGCCAUUUUUCAUGUCGGUGCACCGUGGGCAGUGGAGCAGGGGUUGGCGGAGGAGGUGGCACGAAACCGUCGCAGCACAACGGGGGUCAUGGUUCGCAUCAGUUGUCGACGGCAUGUCAUCGGUCCACCGAACGAGGGCGAGAAGCGAGAGCGACAUCGAGGCUCGACGGAGACUUUAGAGGCGAGGCAUCCCGGAGUUAUCCGCUCGGACGAGGGCGUGGCCCAUGAUACGGCACAGCCAGGGAGCGCAAACGCUGCACGGUCCAUCGGGGAGGGCAUCGAGAGCAUAGGGUCAUCGACCGCACACGACGUCGGAGGAGGCGGGGGAAGGGGUGUGGGCGGCGCAGACGCUACACGGUCCUUCGGGGAGGGCAUCGAGCGCAUAGAGUCAUCAACCGCACACGACGUUGGAGACGUGCACAUAGAUGAGCCUCGACCGCAUCUGAUGGGGAUGCGUGACAUCAUGCGUCCACCACCGUCACGCUCCCCUGCCGCUGACCCCGUCGCCCACGGGCAGGCCUCGCAGAGCGCAUUGCCGACGAGGUCUUUCUACGACGAUAUGCCCGCGGGGGCGAGAUUGAUCGGCAACGUCCAUGGCACUUGUCACGGUUCCAUGAGAGCUUACGAGGAGCAGCAUGGGAGGCCUAUACGGGCCAGGACGACCGAUGUCCAUGACACCAGGACGACUACUGCGAGGCUAUCACGGACGAGGAAGAAGGGAACAGGUGCGUCGAUUCCGUAUCACCGGCGCCGCCCACAUCCUUUUUUUCGCAACCGUGACGAGACCGGACAGAUGCCAGCUGCUGCAGAUGGACGGGGUGGGGUGGACGUAGGUGACAGAGUGGACGAAUCAGGACGAGGUGAGAAGAGACGAGGUGGCACGAUGAUCAUCCACGACGACAACUCCACAGCCGCUGAGGGUGGUGAGACCACAGACGCCGACGACCCUGAUGACUUCAAUUACGUCCCGAGGAUCCGGACAGCGGACAAAGACGACGGCGGAGGCCGUCGCGUGAGGAUGAGGACUGGACCUGGCCCGGAAGAGUGGCGUGCGCGUGGUGUGUGGGAUGCGUCCUAGUCGACCGGUGACGAGUCUCGCUUGGGACCUCAGCCCCCCAAAAUGUCGAUUCGCAUGCGGGUCCGAUAAAGGCGUAAAACCUCG